AUGUCAAACAUACAGUUGUUUAAGGUUUUUCUUAACGAGAGAUUAACAUAUGCUGCCGAGGAGAUAUUCGGGGUGGUUGAAAAAACUAUAGUAGAGUAUCAGGAGGAAGUUGUCCGUCUACAGAGGCUGCUCGAUAUUGUUCUUCAACCUGAGAUAAAGCUACACAGAGCAGGUUUGUUACUGGGUACGUUUGUCUAACUUACUAAAUCAUCAUUUUAUAGGACAAAAGCAGCAAUGCCAAAGUUAUUGUUUUUUUUGGACGUGUAAAAUUACAUUUAGUGGGGAGGUAGGCCUAAAUGUCAGGAUGUCAGCAUUGAGUUAACUGUUUCUUGCUUUCGCUUCUCUUCCUCCAGACCUCCAGCAGCUCUCUCUCUCCGUCUCUGAAGUGGCGGUUCCCCCUGAGCAGCAUGAGUGGAACACCAGUCUGGGGCAGGAGGACCCACAGCCCACACAGAUAAAAGAGGAACAGGAGGAAAUCGGGACCAGUCGGGAAGAAGAGCUGCUUCAAGGGCUUGAGGCAGAUACCAUAGACUCCAUAUUCACUCCUGCCUGUGUGAAAAGUGACUGUGAUGAGUACCCAACUCACCCCUCACAUCUAUAUCAAGCCCAAAACGAAGACAAAGAGAGAGACACUCUACCCAGUACUACAAAUGAACUGACCAAAACACAACCUGAUGGAGAGGACUCCAGAGAGUCAGAACCAACCAGUGUCUCCCAGCCAUUCUCUGAAGCAAAUCCAGACUGUUUUGCAGCUCAGAGUGAAAACAAUGAAAGUGGCAGUGGCAUGGAGAAUGGAGGACCUGCAAUAGGUUUUAAGGCAGUCAAAUCAAAGAGAAAAAAUAUGGUAAAAGGACAAAGCUCCUGUAUCACUGUUAAGGGCAGCACAUCCACACAGUUGUCCCAUCUGAAAUCACCCAGGCAAAGUUUUGCUUCUCCCUGUUGUUGUAAGGUGUGUGGCAAGUUUUUUAAUUACAUGAGUACAUUAAUUAGACAUGUUAAAACCCAUACAGGGGAUAAAGAUAAUCAAUGUGGUGUGUGUGGGGAAAAAUAUGGAGUCCACAGA